CAUUUAUUCAACAUUUCCACUUGCAAACCAUCUAGGACUUGGAAGUACACUUAUGUAAUGCAGAAAGCUUAAAAGCGUGAAAAAAUGACAACUUUCAACAUCACUAUUUUUCUGUUUUUCAGCUUCUUUUUGAAAGGUACCAUCACUUCUGAAGCCACAACUACUGUGACCCAGUCAGAUCUAACAAGCCUUGGGAUCACCAGCAACGGGAGUACAACAAGCAAUUCAAAUGCUUCCGUCAGUACUGGAGAGACACGGGUUACGACUAAAGCGCCAAACAGUUCUUCAAUGACACCAUCUGUACAAAGUGAAAAUUCCACAUCUAAUGUUUCUGUGAUGACUGAAUCAACAGUUGCAGUUAAUGCAAGCACUGAUGAUAAUUCAACAUCUUUCUCGGUGACAUCCAAUGGACAGAGUACGUACUCAACGGCAGCAUCCAGCACGAAGGACAUAAAUGGUCAGAUAUCUAUGCCAACCCCAACUCCUGCUACAAUUGGAACCAACUCGUUGUCCGUAAUAGCCUUUGCUGUGAUCAUCCUGAUCAUAAUCCUUGUGAUAGUUGUGGUGAUACUCGCUAGUGUCAUCAUCCUGAGGUUUAAAUGUUGUGGCUGCCAGGAAACACCACAAGACACAAGUAAGGCACGAAGUGAGGGACCAUCAGAAAGCUCUCAUGCUAAUGGAGAAAAGGAAAGCAUCACUUUGGUUUCUAUGCGAAGUCUUUACACAGAAGCUGGAGGUCAAGAAUCAUCAGCGCAGGGGUAUCUUCAAAAUGAGUCCAAUGAAAUUGAUGAGACGAUAAACAAUUUCAGCAAAUAGAUGAUAUCAAGCUGGUGUAGAAGGACUGAAGUCAAUGCUGUGGAUUUGUACAAAAUAGAGGAACACGGGAAACUUCAUUGUCAUCUUACGGAGUAGGGCAUGGUUCUAUUUGACACUUGUAAUAAAGCAGCUUCUGAAAAAAAGUUCCCAUGUAGUAUCAUAAGCUAUUUUUCUAAGUGAUGUAACACUUUAGGUACUAAACACUGAAAAACAUCACAAAUGUAACAUUUGUGCAACUUGUAACUUUAACUAAAGUAUAAGUUAUGAUGAUAAUUUUGACAUUGGAUAAUGGAGUCAAAAUUAACUGGCAUCCUGUAAAUUUUAAAUAUAAUUUACUUUUUGAAUAUAAAUGUUACAGAGGAAUAACUUAAAUUUGAAGAUUUGAGUUGAUUUCAUGUCAGAGCAGGAGGCAAAACUAAACUUCUGUUUUAGAUUCUGUUUAGCCAUCCUGGCAAAACUAUUCAUAUAGCUGCACUGUAAGGAACAUUGAAUAUGCAUUGCAAUUCAACAAAUACUCACAUGCCUUCAGGUAAUUACAUAACUAAUUUACAAGUUGAUUUCUUCCUUUUCUUUAUGUCUUCUGCAAGUAAAUGAAUUCUGCAAUAAAACUCCCAAAUAUAAAGGAGCCAAAAUUUUGGUUAUUCCAGGGAACUGCUGCGGUUUUCAGUUAAAAGGGCCAGAGAAGUGACUGCAAGUUUUACAAGAUUCUUUUUCACUCAUUACAUUGAGUACUGUGAGAAUCAGACAACCCACCAACAGCAAUGCAAUGAAUAUAGGACAGGGAUGGGGAUAGUUUUUGUUCAGAUUUGUCAGACAACCCUGGGUAUAAGCUUGGAGACUGGUACAGACCGGCCUUGGGAAAAAAAAGAAAUGUAACUUUCACUGAAGAAGAUCAGACCAGAGAAGACUUGUGGAUCCUUGAAAGAGUAUCUAAAUAUUUUUAUUGGUAUGAUUCCACAAGAGAUUACAGAUGAAUUUAAAUGAAAUCUCUACAAAAUUAUUAGUAAGGCAUCAAUCCCUGAUAGCCAUGUGUGCAAGUUUCUCGUUGUAUGAUGCAGAAAGGCGUUAGAGUUGCAUUGUCAGCUGAUCCUGAUAGGAAAUGCUUAUCUGCUCAUAACUUGCAAUUUUUGUAUAGGCUAUUGGUCAGUAGUUCUCAUGAAUACAGCAAAUUAACUUAGCUUUAUCAAUCAUUUAAAUAAGAAGUUAAGGUAAACAAAGAAACAAUAACAUAGCAAAUUAUUUCACUUCUUGAAAUUUAUUUUCUUAUUGUUCAGUACCAUAAAAUUUAGAAAAUAACUUUCAGAGCUUUUGCAUUUUGAGUUUAGCAUUGUAUCAAGGUGCUGCAGUGCACUAAAAACAACAGAUUUCGAAGACUCUGAUGGCUAAGUUAUCAAUGCACAUCUGCAAAAUGACAGGAAUCCAGAAAUUAUUGCUGCACCUAUUAGUAGUUGCAUAUUUAAAAGGUUCACAUGACAUUCAUCUGCCUGCUCUACCUGUAAAACAUUCAAUUGAUAAUUUUAAAAUACUAAUAUUUUGUCAAAAUAAUGCACAAAUCAAUCUUCCCCACACUACUUUGACUUAAUUCAAUCCUAGAAUGUGAGAUGUGAAAUCUUAAGGCCAGAAGACCAUUCCAAUCAUCUUUCCAUUAUAAUUACUGAUUGUUUUCUGAAUGACCUAUCUCUGGCAACCAGUUAUCCAUCAACAUGUUUCAGUAAGUGACACACUGAUUUGGUGAGUAUAAUGGUUUGGGGUUCAAACUAUCAAAUGAUUUGAAUUGAAUUAAAUUGACUUUAUUACUUACAUCCUUUACAUACAUGAGGAAUUAAAAACCUUUACGUUAUGUCUCUGCCUGAAUGUCCAGUGUGCAAUUUAUAGUAAUUUGUAAUAAAUAGUAUGUACAACAGGACAGUCAAUAUAGCAUAGAAAUACAAUUGUAUAAGCAUGAAUUAAUCAGUCUGAUGGCUCGGUGGAAGAAGCUGUCCCGGAGCCUAUUGGUCCUGGCUUUAAUGCUGCGGUACCGUUUCCCAGAUGGUGGUAGCUGGAACAGUUUGUGGUUAGGGUGUCUUGGGUCCCCAAUGAUCCUUUGGGCCCUUUUUAAGCACCUGUCUCUGUAAAUGUCGUGAAUAGUGGGAAGUUCACAUCUACAGAUGUGCUAGGCUGUCCGUACCACUCUCUGCAGAGUUCUGCGAUUGAGAGAAGUUCCCAUACCAGGCAGUGAUGCAGCCGGUUAGGAUGUUCUCAAGUGUGCCCCGUAGAAAGUCUUUAGGAUUUGAGGACUCAUGCCAAACUGUAUAUAAUCAACAUCAACAACAUUUCAAUGCAAGACAAAGAACAUUGAAAUUAAAGAUACAAAAUUGCAAAGGGCAUAUUAAUCCAAGUUCCAACUGUCUCUCCCGGAAAGGCCACCAG